AAAUUGCAAAAGCAAUGUACCCCAUGACAUGCCAGACCAGGAGAGAUCUGCUGUGAGUCCGAGCUGAGAAAGAAUUCCGGCUUUCUGAUACCUCCAGCUCCAUCAGGGAGUUGACUCCGGCUGAUUUUGUGUGCCAUACUGCUCGUGGUGGCCCCUCCCAUCAUGGCCCUCCUGGCUCAGACCCUGGCACUGCUGGCAAUAACCGCGGCCACCGUGGCCAUCAAGGUGGUGCCCCUGGACAUGGCCCAGGACUCCUUCGAUGACCAGUACCGGGGCUGUGGCCCUGCCAUGAACGCAAAGCUGCUAUCCCUCUACAACUCUGAGUACCAGAAGAAUCCUCACUUUGCCUGGAGCUGGUAUCAUGCUGAUGCUGAGUGGCGCAAGCGGGGCUCUCCUGUGUCCCCUCUGGUGUCCCCAUGGCAGGCUGUGGCUCUCAUAGCCUACACGUCGCAGAAUGCAUACAAGGAGUUCAACGCGGCCGUGCGUGUGGCGGGGCGUUCCCGUGAGGAAUACCAGAACAACUUCCACUUCAAAACGCUGCAUUUCCUGCUGACUGAUGCCCUGGUGACGCUGAAGCACGCUCAAAACAGGCAGUGUCACCACGUGUUCCGGGGUGUGAGUGGCGUUCGUUUCAAGGCGCAGCGUGGCCAGAGGGUCCGGUUUGGUCAAUUCACAUCGACGUCGCCACAUAAAGAGAUUGCUCAGCACUUUGGGACAGACACGAUUUUUGAGGUUUACACAUGCCAUGGCGUAGGCAUCGGGCAGUUUUCCAUGUAUCCAGGGGAGGAGGAGGUGCUGAUCCCACCCUUUGAGACCUUCAAGGUCACCAAAGUCCGCCGGAAUGGGGAAAAGACAUGGAUCAAUCUCCGCUCCACAGGGACCUUCAGCAAAUACAACUGCGCGUGGUUGUGAGGUGACAGCACAGGGGACAGCCUGGGGCGAUGGGGACAUCCACUGUGGCCAAAGGGACACCCAUGAUAAGGCACAGGGGACAAUGAUACUCACUGGGCAUGGGGGCCAACGAACACCCACUGUGUGGGGGGGAUUAGGACACCCAGGGCUGGUGACAUCAAAUUUGGGGUCACCCAUUGUGGGCAUGAGGCAAGAACAUCCAUCACAGGGCACAGGGAUGGGGAUACCCACUUCUGGGAGGGGGCAGGGACAGGAACACUCCUGUGAGGGGUUGACAGAGACUGGACCCUGCCUGUACCGAACCUGUCCUGCCCCUCCAAAACAGUGCUGCUGGGAUGGCCCCGAGUGCUGGACACGGGUGGGCAACAACCCCCCAUGGCACUUCUUGAACCCCUGGCACCCCCUGGCACCCCUGACUAUCCCUGACCCCUGUCAUCCAUAGGACCACCAUGACUCCGCUGACCUACCGAGCCCCUCUACCCCCCAUAUCACCCCAACCAUGACAUCCUGUCACCUGUCACCUCAUGGCUCCCAUCUCUCCUGCAAUGCCUAACCCCCCCCAUUAUGGCCAUUCCCAACCCCCUCACUCCCCACAUGGUCUCCUAAUAUACCCCUCUUUUUGCUCCAGGUGGGAGCAUCCCAAGGCCACCUUGUCACCUCCGAGGAUUCCUCCUGGCCACCACACACCUGGCAUGGGCCACAGGGAUCCUCUGAGCUCUAGGCUAGCAAGAUCACUGAGGUGACUGUGGUCACUGUGGCAGCCACAGCCUCCACGAUCACCAAGACACCCUCAGCCACAAGGCUACCACAGCCACUGUGACCGCUGUGCACACCAAGGCCAUUGUGUAAAAAAGUUCUAUUUUAUAAUUCAAUCAUAACAAUUCCAUUAAAUGAUUCUGACAAAGCCAGCAAAAA